AUCAUCGUCGACCCGGCAGCCCCGAGGAGAUGCGGCACCAUGAAACGGUUGUGGAUCGGCAGCGGCGUGAAAAGCUGGUGGCUCAUCGGGGGGGUGAAACGGUCGAGGUGCAUCGGCGGCGGCGUAAAGUGCCGAAGACGCCGGGGCAUGAAACGCAUGAGGAGCAGCGGCGUGAAGUGCCGAAGACGCCGGGGCAUGAAACGCGUGAGGAGCAGCGGUGUAAAAUGCUAAUGGUUCGGCGGUGGGGUAAAACGGUUAAGGAGCAGUGGCGUGAAACGCUUGAGGUGCAUCGGCGGCGACGUAAAACGCGGAAGACGCCGGGGCGUGAAACGCGUGAGGAGCGGCUACGACGUGAAACGCGUGAGGCGCGGUGGCAGGAAAAGGUUAUAGGGCAGCAAUUGCUUAAAACGCUAGAGGGGUGGCGGCGUCAAGUGCCGAAGACGCCGAGGCGUGAAACGCUUGCGGAUCGGCUGCGGUAUGAAGCGCUUGAGGAGCGGCUGCAGCGUGAAACGGUUGUGAUGGGGUUUCUGGUGUGUGCAUAUACGCAGUGGCUGUGUCGGCGGCGUGUGCGGCAAGAGCAGGCGCGGCGCCUGGCAGCUAAUCCAUUUAGGCGGUGGUUCUCGGCGGUAACCCUGUGGCUAAUCUAUCUGGACAUGAUGCUGGGCGCCGUGACCAACGUCAUCAAGGUGAUGCGGAGCGCAGAGGUAGUCGUCAAGUGGCUGACCUGCUUCUGCAUCACCUUCGAGGUCGUUUUCUUAAUUUGCACUGGUUUCCGUGAGCUGAACAUGCUAAGGAGGUGCCUUGGUGGAAGGAGGCGACACAACGUUCGUGUCUUCAGUUUUAUUUUAUGUAUUUUUGAUUUUCUUUUACAUGUAGCUCUUUUUAUUUUAGUUCUAUAAAGGAAGAGGGAAAAGUG